AUGACAUCUUCAGGUUUCAUUCUGGCCGUGAUCUUCAUCAUGAAAUGCCAAGCCUAUGACUUCAUCAACUGGGUUGGCAUCAAGUGCAGACAAUAUGCCUUUUGCAGCUCUGCACUGCGAGACAUGGAGUUUGGGUUUUGGAACAGCCAGGGUCCAGUGUCCUUGAAUAUUAUCCAACAUGGCUUUACUUCUUGCGGGCUCGACACUGUUCAAAGGGCACCGGCAGCUUCUGAAGGUGACGGCCUUUUCAAAGCAGCAAGGCUGGAAGAGGUAGUGGCCUACCUUCGGGACAUGGAAGCUGAGCUCGCCCAACUUGACCUUGAGCUGUCUGAGGAGCUUCAGGUGAAUGACUUGUCCGUCCAGCUGGCUUUGGCUCUUGGUGAGGACAUCAAACCCAAAUUGGAGGGGGAGGACAACACUGGCCCCAUCGGAGAUGUGUUUGAUGGAAGCGCAUCCCCGAAAGACCCCAGCGAUGAAACCAAUGAUGGGAAGAAGCGUAUCAUCACACGUCGUGUUACCUGCAUGCACGAGAAGCUGCGAAAUGCGGCUAAAGCCAGGAUCAGAAGGAUGGUCGCGGAAAAGCGAAAGAGGACUGAUUUACAGGUUCCAGCAUGGCUCAAGAGGGAGUGGGAGAAAGGGACAGACCAGAAGGAACAGAUGGCUGAGUGUCUCCAAGCCGUCAACUGGGACAAGACGAAAUUCGUUGACGAGAUGGAGCGGAUCAUCACUUCCCGCAAGAAGGUCACGGUCAAAAAGGAAGUAGGGUGGUAUACAGAGGCUGAGAUGAAAUCAGAGCUUAAGUGGGCACAGUCCCGGGCAACUGCAGCGAAGAGCUACUGCACUGAUCCAGCCCGCGUUGCAACCCAUUCCCGGAAGAACCUUUAUGACGGCCUGAUGGAGUACUGGGUCACCGUGCGUGAGUCUGGUUCCUUUGAGGAAGAGCAUGAGGCUGAUGGACCAGUUGAAGUUCCGGCUGAAAGCUUCAGUAAUGUGCAGGCUUUGAUGGAUAAGGAUUCGCAGUCAACUGUCCCAGCUCCAGGGGAUGCAAAUUCGAAGGGUGCUGAGGUGGUGGAACACGGCCCAUGUCCAGUCGCGCGACUGCUGCAGAGCAAAAGGAAGUCAAAGCAGUUUUUGGAGAAGAAGGAUUCUGAACCUCCUACUGGCUCGGUUCCCAAGUCUAAGAGGAAGGAGCGAGAGCAGUCGACCAAUCCUGAACCCCGAAGAAGCAAAAAGGCUAAGAAAGAUAAGAAAGCGAAGAAAGACAAGUGA